AUGUAAGAAGUGUUGGAGGGAUUAAGAAAAAACGAUUUUUAGGGAAUACCGAAUCGUAUGUCAGGGAUUCUACACACUUUGUGGAAUCGGUAAAAGAUAUAAAGCUAGAUGCUGAGGAUAUUUUGGUGAGUUUCGAUGUGGAAUCCCUUUUUACUAGGGUACCAGUUAAGGAUGCUGUAGAUGGUCCCCGCCAAAAGCUCAUUCCGGAGGGAUUACCAGAAUACGUGCCAGAUCUAAUGAAGUACUGUUUAUCAGUUUUAUCACCGACGUAUUUCAGUUGGAAGGGAGAAUUAUACGAGCAGUUCGAAGGGGUAGCCAUGGGAUCUCCAUUAUCGCCAGUUAUAGCGAAUUUCUAUAUGGAAUUAUUCGAAGAAGUCGCUUUGAAGAAGAGCCAGUGGAAACCAAAAUUAUGGCUUCAAUAUGUGGAUGACACGUUUGUGAUAUGGCAACAUGGUCAAAAACGGCUCCAAGAGUUCUUGGAUCACUUGAACUCUCAACAUCCCAUGAUUAAGUUUACCAUGGAAACAGUAACUGCCAAAAAACUACCUUUCCUAGAUGUGUUGGUCACCAGGAUGACAAGUGGAGAUAUGGAACUUGGUGUAUAUCGGAAGAAGACCUAUACCAACAGGUACUUGUAA